CUCCCAGGGCAGGGAGCUGGUCACGCCCCUGGCGCGUGGGGGGCGGGGCAUGGAGCUCCCCUUGUCACCCUCUGUGCCGGGAGUCUCUAGUUCGCGUUCCACGGGCGGUGGCGAAGGCGACGACGUCAACGUCAAAAUGGACAGCGGGGCCUACGGGGCGGCCAAGGCCGGCGGCAGCUUCGACCUGUGGCGAUUCCUGCAGCAGCCGCAGGUCAUCGUUCGGGCUGUGUGCACGUUAUUUGCUAUGAUCGUGUUCUCCUGCAUCAUUGGUGAAGGCUACGUUAAUUCACACUAUUCAGCUGACCUCCACUGUGUCUUUAACCACAAUGAGGAUGCCUGCCGAUAUGGCACAGCCAUCGGGGUGCUUGCCUUCCUGGCUUCUGUCUUCUUCUUCGUGGUUGAUGUGUAUUUUCCCCAGAUUAGCAACGCCACUGACCGCAAGUACUUGGUCAUUGGUGACAUGAUCUUCUCAGCUUUCUGGACCUUCCUCUGGUUUGUUGGAUUUUGUUUUCUCACCAACCAGUGGGCAGCCACCAAGCCCGUAGACGUGUUGGUGGGGGCUGACUCAGCUCGGGCAGCAAUCUCCUUCAGCUUCUUCUCCAUCUUCUCCUGGGGCUUGCUGGCUGCCCUUGCCUACCAGAGAUACAAAGCUGGGGUAGAUGACUUCAUCCAGAACUACAUUGACCCUACCCCUGAUCCUGCUGCCCCCUAUGCCUCCUACCCAGGAGUUGCUGGAGACAAUUAUCAACAACCACCCUUCACUCAGAAUGCAGAGACCACUGAGGGUUAUCAACCACCUCCUGUGUACUAAGGAGGGACUGAAGAAUCUGCCUUUGGACAGAGAAUUUUGAAGACAGUUUUGGAUAGAAGUGUUUUCUCACUGCUUUUCCCUUUGCCUGGGACAGCUAUAGAAGCGGGAUAAUCCCUACAAUGCUACUUACAGUGCCUUAUAUAUUCCCCUUCAUCUCAGGGGAGUAAAACUUGUGGUGAUUUCUGUGGUUCUGGCAGUGGCUGCUUAGAGUUCUCUGCCAGGGAUCAUUCAGGUCCUGCUGAGACAUUCUGUGGUGCUUGUGCAUGUGGGUGUGCAGGGUGUGUUUGUGUGCCUUCAUGCUUGUCCAUUCUGUUGCCAGUGGUGGGCUCUGAGGUAGUGAGUUCCCCACCUUGAUCCCUCCAACACAUAUAUACUCCUUUGCUCUCAGGUCUAUAACCCUUUUAUCUGGGGUUAUUCUCUUGAUCUCUGCCCCAUUCCCAUUCAAAGGAGAAAGUGAGGACCACCAGGGCAUCUAGCCCUGAACCCCUUAUGGUUACUCUUGUAUUCUUUCUGCUGGUUCUCCUGUAUUCUGAGAUUGCUAAUCCACACCCAGUGCCAGGGUCUACCUGGGGGUUGGUGACAGCAGGGGCAACACUGCCUAGUCCUUGCUGUAGAAAUCCUGGUAGCUGGGAGUGGCUUUGCUUAACCUGCAAGGCCCUGCUUUGUGUAAAUAUUCUGCCAUUGUUAAAACAUGAAAUGUGAGGCAGGGCGAGAAGCAUGCCUACCUUGCAGCCCCUGGAUGGUUCUGAAUGUAUUAAAAAGUCAUCAGAAAAGAACAUCCAGAAGACUUUGCAUUUUAAGUUGGUUUGGAGAUGGAAUAAAGAAAUAUAUGUAUGUGUGUGUUUAUUUUU